AUGCAAUCUCCGCCAUCAAUACUGAAUCGACGUGGUGGAAUUCUCGGACGCCGGAAUGGCCUCCAACCAGCAUGCGAGAGCUGCCGAAAAGCCAAAGUUCGUUGCGAUAUUGCAGCUUCGGAUACGAUCUGUGCCCGCUGCAAGAAACGGAAGAAGCCUGUACCAUGCAUAUUUCUCGAAGCGCCAAUGACCAAGUCGAAACGAGAGUCAUCCACUGAGCAAGCUACAUCACCAAUUCAGACAAUGAAUCCGCUGUCGGUGCGAUCUCCUACUCUUUCAACGAGCACUCCAAAAUCAGUUCACUCCGCAUUUAGUCAAAAGACGGUCGAGAUAUCUGGUUUCCUUGGGUCGACCAGCUACUCCGCUACGCUGCAACAUCCAGAGCUUCACCCAGACGAAGGGAAUAUCAAUGUUCAGGCAGAGAAAGUGAAUCUAGAUCCCCGGGACAUCGCUACUGGCAUUCACAUUUUGAAGUACUUGCCCGACGAAAACACAUGCCAAGUGUUCCUGGAUCUCUAUCUUCAAAAUACAGUUGGCAUCAUUGGGCUCCCUAAACGUUCGAUGAAGACUAUUCUCGGGUCCAUCUUCACCUUUGGCUCCUCUCUCAACUACCCCUACGAUGACGAGAAAUUGGCCGCUGUCUCGAGUCAAAUCAUUGAGAAUGGCCAAGCAACCACAGAUGAGCCGGAUGACGCCAAUGAGUGGAUUGAAUCCAUGAGUGGCAAGACGAACUUAAGAUGGGACAUUAUAGGAAUAUUGUUUGUUGCUUUCGCAUACGCUAUUAUAGCUGCACCAGAUGGAGUAUAUACUUUGAUUGAUGAACGCUUGGCGUCUAGAGAUCGCAAAGUAGUUGUGAAAGAACUGAAGAAGUGCAUCGAAGGCUGUAUAGAACUUUCUAAAAAGCGGCUGACUCCUAUGUUCGUCAAUCUUCUGUACAAGAACUUGCUUCUGGAGACCAUACUGGAGGGAGAUGCUUGUCUUUCCGUGUGGCGUUUACAUCAUGACCUCGCAGCCGUCACAACAGCUAUUGGUCUGCAUUGUUACCAAGGGACUCCGAAUGUCACGCUUCGGUCGGAGAUGACGAAGAGACUGAGUGCCGCCUGCUUCUUCAACGACAAAGAGAUUGCCAUGUUCACUGGAAGGCCCCCAGCCCUUUCCCACCGGUACUACACGUGUCCAUUACCUCUUGAUCUCGACGACGAUGUUCUCAUGGAAGGGGGAGAGCCAUUACAGCGAGCGAUCGAAGCUUUGGAUGAGAAUGGAUGGAAUAGAAAAGGAGAGGUGUGUGAGGCUACAAUCUCCAGAAGGAGGUUUCUAUCAGCACUGAUCCAAGACGAGGUUAUGGAGCUCUUCAUCGGAAAUCCGACGCAUUUCUCAAUGGAACGGGUCAAUGCUCUGAAAGAUCGGACAGUGGACACUUUUUCUGCAGUUCCGCAUUUGAUUACUGCCACCAAAGAGCAGCUUAACGCCUCAGACUCGACUUAUGUAUUCUGGCGUCUUCUUUUUGGACGGUUGGAUUAUCUCCGCAUCCACUUCUUCCUCGAACGAUUAAGUGUGGAACGCGGGUUCGAAAGUAAACAGAAGCUCCUGGAUGUGUCGAGAGAGAUGGUAGAUCUAACGGUCUAUCUUUGGUUGCAACGAGAUCGUACAUUGGCUAGGCGAUAUGAUUUUGAUUAUCUAAUCAUCUGCUAUGGUAUGCCGUCGACUGGAAUCCUUUGUGCGGAACUCCUUCGACAAAUUCGAUACCCAAAGACUGUUGAUGUCAAGGUGCCGUGUUCAGAAGUAGUGCGCAAUCUCAACUUCAUGAUCGGUUUUCUGGAAUGGAUCGCGCCUGAAGCUGGAAAUUACAAGCUUUGCCAGCACAUGGCCCAAAUUAUCAAACGUGUCUUGGAGAAGGUUUUCGAACCUGCACCAGUAGAAGAAGCCUUGAUCAGCGAUCGGCAAUUGGAAAGUUUUGAUGCUAAUCUCUGGGGUAUUGACGGGGUUGAUGACUUCGACUGGCUGAACAGUGUUGAUUGGGGUCGCAGGCCAUUUCCAGACGUGCCAGCUGCUUGA